AUGAACAUACAUAUUAAAAUAUUUGCACUUAAUUUGCAGACAUUGUUUGCUGGUGGAACCAACACAAGUAGUAUUACACUCAUAUGGGCACUAUGUUUACUAUUGAAAAAUCCUCUUGCAAUGAAAAAAGCAAAAGAAGAACUUGACACUCAUAUUGGUAAAGGGAGAUAUGUAAACGAAUCAGAUAUAAGUAAGUUGUCAUACAUUCAAGCUAUAGUCAAAGAAACUUUAAGAUUGUAUCCUGCGGCACCUCUAUCUGGGCCUCGUGAGUUCUCCGUGGACUGUUCAGUAGGUGGUUAUCAUGUUAAAAAAGGAACUCGAUUAAUAACAAAUCUUUGGAAGAUCCACACAGAUCCUAACGUUUGGCCAAAUCCGUUAGAGUUCAAACCAGAAAGGUUUCUUACUACUCAUAAAGAUGUUGAUAUUAAAGGUAAACAUUUUGAGUUAUUACCAUUUGGAAGUGGUAGAAGGAUGUGUCCUGGAAUAUCUUUUGGACUUCAAAUGGUGCAUUACUCUUUAGCUAGUUUUUUGCAUUCUUUUGAUAUCUUCAAUCCGACAACAUCUGACCAUGUUGAUAUGACUGAAGAGGUUGGAAUAACAAAUAAUAAAGCUACUCCACUUGAAGUUCUUGUUAAACCAUGUUUGUCUUUUAAUUGUUAUGAAAUCAUGUAA